AGGAGCAGAAGUUGAAGCUGGUCGCCAGCCUCGCAGAGGAUGCGGAGGCGCUGACCGGUGAGGUCGCGGCGGAGGCCAAAAUUCUGGUGGCUGGCGUGGGGGAGGCGUCAGCGGCUGAGACCACGCUGCUGGUGCUCGACCCUGCGCUGGGCUGCUGCAGAACCUGGCGGGACUUCGUGCGGCUGUCCUGGCAGCUCCAAGACAGGGCCAUCCGAGCUCAAGGCUUUGAAGAGCUGCUUCAAAUUGUCCUCUUCCACCCGGAGGCCGUGCACAGCGCCUACUGCGACGGCCCGGAGGACGCGGCGGAUUUCUCCAUCCGCGCGCCCUUCCCUGUGGUGCACUUGCUGCGAGAGAUGGACGUCAUGAAGGCGGUCGCCUCCUACCCAGCGGCAGAAGAAAUCCCGGCGCGGAACAAGGCCAAGCUGCGGAAACAGGGCCUGAGCCUCUGCCAAGCACGCCUGGACGCUUGCAUUGAGUGA